AUGACGUUCAAUCUCGAGGAUGUCCGUCAUAACGAAGCGAUUGAACCAGACAAUCGUCGGCUCCAGCGCCUCGCGGAGGUCAUCCAGCGGAUUCGACCCAAUGUGCUGCUGCUCAACGAGAUCGAAACGCUGCGGGGAGACGGCCAUUCCAGCGAGCAGAUGAGCACCGCGGAAUUGUUUCUCCGCAACUACCUCGCGGUCCCGCAAGCAUCGGAUCUGCAGCCCAUCGAUAUGGUCAGCUUCACGCCUGCCACCAACACCGGAGUCCACAGCGGGAUCGAUCUCGAUGGUUCGGGGACGGUUAAUCCGACCAUCCCACCCAAGACCGCGAGACAAACCCAACAGCAACGAGACUACGGCGGGGACUGCUUCGGAUUCGGAGGGUUCCCUGGACAGUACGGCAUGGCGCUGCUCGUCGAUCCGAGACUCACCAUCAACACCGAUGCCGCCAGGACAUUCCAGCAGUUCCUGUGGAAAGACCUCCAAGGCGCGAUCGCUCCAACCAAUCCGGAUGGGUCAAACUACUACAGCGAUCAAGCGUGGGAUAUCUUUCGGCUCUCGUCCAAGACCUUCGCGGAUGUCCCGAUCACGCUCCCCAAUGGAGCGGUGCUGCAUGCGUUGAUCUCCCACCCCACCCCGCCGGCGUUUGAUGGUCCCGAGAUGCGGAACAAGCAUCGGAAUCGCGACGAGAUCAAGCUGAUCCGUGCGUACAUCGACGACGAGGAAUCGCUCUACGACGAUGCUGGGGUUCGUGGCGGAUUGGCAAAUGACGCGCCCUUCGUGAUUCUGGGUGAUCUGAACGCGGAUCCGGUAGACGGGAGUUCUCUGGGGAAUCCGAUCGGUACAUAUCUGCUGAGCAGUCAGCAGGUCGCGCCGGAUGUUGAGCCCCGCUCGUGCGUCGGGGUUGAGCGGCUUGAUGAGAUGGAUACCUCGUCCUUCCGAUUGCGUGUGGAUUAUGUGCUGCCCUCGUCGGAUUGCGAGGUCCUCGAUGCUGGGGUGUGGAGGCACGGCGUGCUGGACGAUGAGGGCGAUGCCAUCAGCGAAAACAAGAGCACGGACACCAACGAAGCGAUGACUUCGAGUCUCUUGAGUGCGUGCGUGGAGCUCACUAAGCCUGGGAUCACGAAGCUGGUCACGAUCACGGCUCUGGUCGGAUUGCUGAUCGGUGGCCUCCACUAUCAGCUGACCGGAUUGAGCAACUGGAUCAUCAUGAUCAUCGGAUGCGUCAUCGGAACAGCCCUCGCGUCUGGAGGUGCCAAUGCGCUGAAUAUGUGGUACGAAUCGGACCUCGAUGCGCUUAUGGAUCGGACCAAGACGCGUCCCAUCCCAUCGACGCGGCUGAGUCCGGUGUUUGUGCUGUGGUUCGGAUUGCUGCUCACGAUCGUGGGAUCGGGAGUGCUGUGGUGGACGCUGGGAUUGAUGCCCGCGCUGAUUGCUGUCUUCACCACAAUCAGCUAUGUGGUGAUGUACACGCCCCUCAAGACCAAGACGAUCACCAAUACGCUUGUGGGUGCUGUUCCCGGCGCGCUUCCGACGAUGAUCGGGACGACCGCGGUAGCCCCUGGGAUCGGGUUUGAGCCGUUGACUGAUCCGAUCGGUUUGAUGCUGUUCGCGCUGAUGUUUGUGUGGCAACUCCCCCACUUCUUUGCGAUCGCGUGGAUGUGCCGCGUGGAUUAUGACAAGGGCGGGUUCCGGAUGCUGCCAAGUGUCGAUGAAUCGGGGAACCACACCGCCGCGGCGAUGAUCUUCUCGUCGCUGCUGCUGAUCCCGAUCUCACUGCUCCCGCUCAAAUACAUCCCUGAGCUGAGCGGCUGGGCGACAGGAGCCGCGGGUGUUCUGCUCGGAUUGAUGCUCGUAUGGCUGUCGAUCAGGUUCGCUCGUCUUCGGACGGAUCGCUCCGCUCGCGUGGUGUUCUUUGGUUCGAUUGUCCAUCUGCCUCUGUAUAUGGCGGUGUUUGUCAUCGAAGCGUUUGUCCGCGGGGUGCUGUGA